AUGCCACUCAUUGAUGCUCAGUCUCUGGAUCCGCCAGCGUCAACAACCACGGCACCUAGCUCGGAUUCCUCACCAGGAAACGACGAUUCGUCACCAUCCACCACAACACCAUCGCCGUCGCUUCCGCCGGAGUCCUCGUCGUCACCACCAGCCGCGAUAAACUCCGACCACGCGAGAUCCGAGUCUACCUCUGAGCGUGAGAGCUCUCCGUCACCGUCACCGAUUUCUUCGUCUUCCCCGCCCAACUCUCCGUCUCCGAGUCCAAAUAACUCAGCAGCCUCUCAGGCCCAACAAAGCCCAGAAGCGAACAAUCCACAACUCCAGCCCAACACACGCCAUCAAAUGACAACAAGACUCAAAAAUAACAUCACAAAGCCCAAUCGGAGAUAUGGGUUUGUCACGACAAUUCCGCCGUUCACGCAGGUCGAACCCCGAACUCUGAAUCAGGCACUCCGAACACAACACUGGCGUAAUUCAAUGUCGACGAAAAUCGAUGCUCAGAUCGCACAUCGGACGUGGGAUCUCGUCCCUCGGACACCAGGCCAGAACGUCAUUGAAACGAAAUGGAUCUAUCGCAUCAAACAGCUGGUUGACGGAUCGUUAGAUAAAUACAAAUCCAGGCUCGUUGCUCGGGGCUUCAAUCAAAAGCAAGGAAUUGAUUUUGGUGAAACUUACAGUCCCGUAAUUAAAGCCACAUCCACACGAGCCAUUCUUAAAGUCGCUGUAAGUAAAGAUUGGUGUCUCCGACAACUCGAUGUCAAUAACGCUUUCUUACAGGGAACUCUUGAUGAAGAUGUUUAUGUAACUCAACCGCCUGGGUUCAUUGAUCCGGAUCGGCCAGAUCAUGUCUGCAAACUUCGCAAAGCUCUUUAUGGAUUAAAACAAGCUCCUCGAGCUUGGUAUAUGGAGUUGAAACGCUACUUGCUUCAAGCUGGAUUCAAGAAUUCUAUGGCUGAUACAUCACUGUUUAUUAUGAACCAGAAGGGUCUUCUCAUCUACGUGCUGGUGUAUGUCGAUGACAUUAUUGUCACUGGAAACAACAAGUCCGCAGUUGAAGCAGUUAUCACAAAUUUGGCAAACCGUUUCUCUUUCAAGGAUAUGGGUGCUCUCUCGUACUUCCUCGGCAUUGAAGUGAUUCGCACCUCCAAAGGACUCCACCUAAAUCAGCGCAAAUACAUUCUUGACCUCUUGGCAAAGAUGAACAUGGCGGAUGCAAAACCAGUCCAAACACCAAUGGCUACAUCGCCUAAGCUCACGCUAACAGGUGAUCCUCAUUCCAAUCCUACUGAGUAUCGCACUCUCAUUGGUAGUCUGCAGUAUCUCUCUUUCACUCGUCUUGAUGUUGCAUAUGUGGUCUAUAAACUGUCUCAAUAUAUGCAAUUCCCCACCACUGAUCACUGGCAAGCGGCAAAAAGGGUAUUAAGGUACUUAGCGGGAACUGCAACUCACGGGUUAUUCAUCAGCAAAUCCAACAAUUUGAAUGUUCACGGGUUCACAGACGCGGAUUGGGGAGGUGAUAAAGACAAUUACGUCUCCACUAACGCUUACAUUGUCUAUCUUGGAGAUCAACCAAUAUCUUGGCAAUCAAGGAAACAAAAAGGCGUUGCAAGGUCAUCCACGGAGGCAGAGUACCGAGCAGUUGCCAAUACCGCAGCAGAGAUACAAUGGGUAUGUUCACUCCUAUCUGAACUUGGCAUCGCUCCUACAGCCACACCUGCUAUUUACUGUGAUAACAUCGGUGCAACAUAUCUAUGUGCAAAUCCUGUUUUUCACUCAAGAAUGAAGCACAUAGCGUUGGACUAUCACUUCGUCCGAGAACUGGUCUAG